AUGCUUGAGUACUUCACUUACAAGAAGGUGAAGAAGCACCGCACACAGAAAGACGAGAGGGAGCGCCUCGCAAAAGAAGCGGAGUCCGCCAAGUCACCCCAACCCCAGGGCGCCUCAACGCCUACAGGCCCAACCAUGGUCUCCAAGCCUGCGGGCCAGCCUCUUGGUACUCCUCUACUCACCGAGCAAGAUGAGAAGUUUCUCGAGCGCCUCACAUCUCCAGAUGGCCGCUUAGGUGACGACGACGACGAAGGUCCUCCACCUCCAUUGCCUCCUCGCGUUCCUACACCAGUCUUCAACUGGGAUAGUGAUGCCGAGAGCGCAGAGAGCCAGAAGCUCCAGGGCAAGGGCAAGGGCAAGGGCAAGGGCCAAAAUAAGGAAAAUGUAAUUAAACCUGCAAACAGCCGGUUUUCGGUCAUUACGAACCUUGGACGCUCGAUAUCCUUGCGCAAAAAGCCCACAGCAAACAGCGCCCUGGCGCCCAACUCAUCGGCUGUUCCGGAGCAAGAGAUUCAGAGGGAGGAGACAGACAUCAGCAAAGUUCUCGACGACCUGAAUCUAUCGGCUCAGAACAACAAGGUCUUCUCCCUUUCGGCUGAGUCCACCGAGAUGGUUCGCAAGUUUAACCUGGUCUUGAAGGACAUCGUCAAUGGAGCGCCCACCGCAUACCAAGACCUCGUCAACCUUCUCGAGGACCGUGACGGCAUUCUUGCUAAGAACUACGAGAAACUGCCCAAGUCGCUCAAGAAGCUAGUCACACAGCUACCCACCAAGCUGUCGUCGACACUUGCCCCUGAGCUCUUGGCUGUAGCUGCGGAGGCGCAAGGUCUCAAUAGUCAGGACGCGGCAAAGGGCGGUUUGAAGGGUGCUGCCAAGAGCUUCCUCUCGCCCAAGAGUCUUCAGGAUCUGGUCACGAAGCCUGGUGCCGUUGCCGGCUUGUUGAAGAGCAUUGUAAACGUUCUCAAAACGAGAUGGCCUGCUUUCAUGGGCACGAGCGUGCUAUGGAGUGUGGCGGUGUUCUUGCUUCUUUCAUGCCUCUGGUAUUGUCAUAAGCGUGGCCGUGAAACAAGACUCGAGAAGGAGGCUGCAGACAAUGACGAUCCUCUGAAUGGAAUCGACCGUGUCGAGGAACUGCCUGAUGAUCCCCAGUUGCCGGCGCCUGGCCAGGGCACGACUAGCCAGACUUUGCCAAUACCGCGGGCUAACACUCAGAGGACAAAGUCGGCAUCACCGGUGCGAAAACCUGUGCCCGUGUCGGCCAGCAGGAAAUGA